GUAAAUUGGCGCAAUUUACUUCGGCAGUUUGACACAUUCAAUAUGGCAGCGGCGUUUUUGUACAAACGCUCUAUAUACUGCAUUUUUAAAUCUAUUUCAUUUCUACUUUCCUGCAAGUUGAUCGACGAUAUCACCUUAUGAUAGUUAAAGCUAACCUUCCCGACCCAACUAAUGGCUACAUAAUUUAGUACAUUAUGCUUUUAAACGGGAAAUGACAUUCUCCACGUUUGUUCCUCCCUUGCCUUGGUUUACGUUCCACCCCGAGUUCCCGCGUCUCUCCUCCCACCCUGUUCGGACAGGCGUGAACAUCGCCGCGGAGCAGCGCAGCCACUCGGCAACAGCAGGCCAGGCAGCCAACUGCAGUGGUCGUCAGCCAUGUUGGUGGUGUGACACAUUCAACUGGCUGUCAGCAACAGGUCCUCCCGAGAAGUAGGAGCAAAGCUAAAAACUUCCAACAUCUCUGCCUUUCGCUUUUUGUCGGACAAUAAAAGACGUCGGAAAGGGGGACUUCCCCUGAAGCAGGAUAUUAACUUAGAAAAUUUGGGAAAUUCUGAAAUACUUGUUUUUACUGACCCAACGAGAGAGACAGCGAUUAAGGAUGGCUGGAAGCAGUAGCUGAAGACACCAUUGAGAGUUGAAGUGCUCAGUACCUGAUACCAGCAACUAUGAAUGGUGGUACAAAUAUGUGGGCUAUCACUCCAGAAGAGAGGGUCAAGCAUGACCAGAAGUUUGAUACACUCGCCCCUUCAAUGGGUUAUGUUUCAGGUGAGCAGGCAAGGAAGUUUUUCCUUCAAUCAGGGCUACCUGCUUCAGUGCUGGCUGAGAUAUGGGCUCUUGCUGACAUGAACAAAGAUGGGAAGAUGGAUAAAUUGGAGUUUUCCAUUGCGAUGAAGCUCGUAAAGCUCAAACUCCAGGGAACGCCGCUUCCUGCGGCACUGCCAAUCAUCAUGAAGCAGCCUCCUGUGCCUGUCCCCAAUCUCACCUAUGGGAUGAUACCUAACAUGUCCCUGAUGUCUGGCACCACCAGCCUUUCCAUGUUCACACCUGUAUCCAUGGCAACUCCAGGACCCACCUCAUUGACACCAAUGACAGGCCACAACCUAGGACUUCUCCAGCCAAUGUCUGUUGGCACCAUGGCCACCGGUCUUCCGCUAUCUGCAUCAUCCUAUGGUUCUCCACUUGCAGCCAGCGCCACUUUGCCACCGUCCUCAAUGACUGCACAAAUGGCAGCAGGCCUCGGGGAGUGGGCUGUGCCACAUGCCUCCCGACUCAAAUAUAGGCAGCAAUUCAACAUCUUGGACAAUCAGAUGACUGGAUACCUCACUGGUCAGCAGGUGAGAAGUGCCAUGGCAACCACAAUGCUCAGCCAGACUCAGCUGGCCUCUAUCUGGAAUUUGUCUGAUGUGAACAAGGACGGUAAGCUGUCAGCUGAGGAGUUCAUUCUGGCCAUGCAUUUAGUGGAUGUGGCCAAGAGUGGGCAACCACUGCCGCGCACCCUGCCAACUGAUCUGGUGCCACCCACAAAUAGGGGUGUUGCAAAUGGAUUCAGUGUUUCUAACUAUGCAGCACUUAAAGAUAAUUUUGACUUUGAACUACCACAGAAUGCCAGAAGCAACAUAUCAUUCGAGGACAAAUUCAAAGCCAACCUGGAGCGUGGUAAUGCAGAGCUUGAGAAGAGACGAUUGGCAUUGCUAGAAGCGGAGAAGAAAGAGCAGGAAAGGCAAGCUCAAAAAGCACGAGAAGAGCAAGAGCGGCGGGAGAAGGAAGCUCGCGAAGCGGAGGAGAGAAUGCGGAAAGAGGAAGAGAAGCGGCAGGAGCGCCAGAGAGAGCUGGAGAGGCAGAGAGAGGAAGAACGUCAGAGAGAAAUUGAAAGAAAAGAGGCAGCACAGCGGGAGCUUGAGCGACAAAGGAAGGAGGAGUGGGAAAGGAGGAAAAGAGGAGAGCUCCAAAUAAAGAGGCAGCAGGAACGGGACGAUAUCAUCCAGCUCAAAGCUAAGAAAAGGAGUCUGGAGAUGGAGUUGGAAGUUGUGGGUAACAAACAGCGUCAGAUUUCUGACCGUUUGCGUGACAUUCAAAACAAGAAGAAGCUUCCCAAGACAGAGCUGGACCUUAUUAAUCAGAAGAAAGAUGCGCGCCAGCUAGACAUAAAAAACAUUCAGAGCCAGAUUGAGGAGUUCCAGAGGAAAUUGUCCCAGUUGACUCCAGAACAGAAAAGGCUGACAGAGACACUCCAAAGCAUGGCAGUGAAUAACCUGUCGGUGUCCACCAUCUCCAACCUGAAACUCAAUGUUACCCAGAAGCGGGGUACAUGCACAAAACUGAAAGAUCAGUUGGAGGCCCUCGAGAGAGAAACUGCUAGCAAACUGGAAGAGCUGGACCGGUACAACAAAAGCAUGCAGGAACUAAAGGAGAGCCAGCAAAAGCAGCAAGCAGCACUUGAGAACCUGCGAAGCAUCAAAGAGGACAAAAGGCAAGAGCUGAUUCGGAGAAAACAGGAGCAUGAGGAGAGGAGGAAGCUGGAAGAAGAAAGGAGGCGCCAAGAGGAGGAAGCUCAAAGGCUUAUCAAGCUAGAAAAGGAGCGUCAGUGGAAGGAGAAGUUGAGGAGGGAUGAGGAGGAGCGCCAGAGGAGACUCCAGGAGGAGCGUGAGGCCAAGCAAAGGGAGGAGGAGGAGAAAGAAAGACAGGCUCUCAUCCAAGCAGCAAAGUUAGAGGCCGAACGAGAGCUCAGGGCAAAGCAGGAGGCGGAGCGUAAGCGCAGAGAGGAAGAGGAGAGGAAGAAAAGGGAGGAGGAGGAACGCCAGAGGCAAGCGGAGAGACACAGGCAGGAAGAAGAGAGGAGAAAACUGGAGGAGGAGAGGAGGCAGUUGGAGGCUGAGAGGAGGAAGCUGGAGGAGGAUAAAAGGAUGGAGGAAAGGAGAAGGAAAGAAGAGGAGGAGCGACAGAAGCGGGAGGAGGAGAGAAGGAGGCUCGAGGAAGAACGUCAAAGGAAGCGAGAGCAGGAGGCAGAGGAGAAGAGGCGGCUUGAAGAAGAACGAAGAAAGGAGACAGAGCGGGUGGAGGAGGAAAGGCGCAGACAGAGGGCAGCCCAGGCAGCCAUCCGAGAUUCUGAGGAGAGGAGGAGGUCGGAGGAGGAGCGAAGGAGAAAAGAGCAGCAGGAAGAGGAGUGGCGAAAGAGGGAGGAAGAGAAACGAAAGCUUCAGCAGCAACAAGAGGAGGAGUGGAGACGGCGUGAGGAGGAAAGAAAAAGAGCAGAGGAGGAUAGAAAAAGAAAGGUGCCAGAGGAGGAGAUAAAGAAAAAGGAGCAUCCAUCAAGUGGAGGAGGCAAGGUUGACAUUCAAGAGAAGUUGAACUCUCUCCUUAGAGGACUGGAGGAGAGGAAAGGCCGGCAACCAAGGGCCACGCAACGCAGGAAGUCUGUGAUUCUUACGCCCUUCAGGGCACUUUAUCCGUUUACUGCGCGAAACCACGAAGAGCUCACUUUUAACGCAGAUGAAAUCAUUGAGGUGGAUGAGACUGUUGAGCCAGAGGAGGGUUGGUUGUAUGGGAGCAGGCAGGGUCUGAUGGGUUGGUUCCCAAAGAGCUACGUGGAGAGGGUGGCCCAAUCGGACUUGACAACCCCUGCGCCACCAGUAAAAUUGCCCAUCCAGUCGCAGCUCUCGAAUGCUCUUGAAGCAGCAAAGGCAUCUGGGACGAAAUCUGCCUUUACCCCAACACAUUCGCCAAACCUCACCCACUCUGACACACAGGGACAGCAGGUGGUAGGGAACCUGCUCGCCCAGGCCCUAUGCUCUUGGACAGCAAAGACAGACAACCAUCUGAACUUUGAUAAGGACGAUGUGAUUCAGGUGCUGGAACAGCAGGACAGCUGGUGGUUGGGAAACCUGAACGGAGAACAAGGCUGGUUCCCAAAGUCCUACGUCACACUUCUGGGUGAUGAUGACAAUUCAGCCAUGAACUCCACAUCCACUGGCGCAGAGACGAGCAGUAAUCAGCAAUUUGAAGAGUAUGUGGCGUUAUACCCGUAUGAGUCAUCAGAGCCUUCAGAUCUGACAUUUAGAGAAGGGGAUGUGAUCUUGGUGACCAAGAAAGAUGCAGAGUGGUGGAACGGUGCCAUUGGCGACCGUUUGGGUGUCUUUCCUGGCUCCUACGUCAAACCUAAGGAGGCAGAUACGAGCACAACUGCGAAAAAGCCAGAGAUUGGCAAGGUGGCCAGAGCCCAUUUCACCUCUGUACCCGGGCAGCUGAACCUGGAGAAUGGCCAACUUGUUGUCGUCCUCAGCAAGGACAAGUCGGGUUGGUGGCUUGGAGAGCUGCAGGCCCGUGGUAAAAAGCGGCAGAAGGGCUGGUUUCCUUCCUCACAUAUCCAGAUAUUGGGGUCGAGUAGUGGCAAAUCCACACCAGCAGUCCAGUCAGGAGUGUGUCAGGUGAUCGCCAUAUACGACUACACAGCGGCCAACAAGGACGAGCUGAGCUUCUCAGCGAAUCAGCUGAUCACUGUCCUUGACAAGAGCGACCCUGACUGGUGGAAGGGCGAAGUCAAUGGGGCUACUGGCUUGUUCCCCACCAAUUACAUUAAGAUGACCACGGGAGACGGUGACCAAAGUCGCCAGUGGUGUGCAGACCUGACCAGCUUUGACUCUCUGAGCCCGCUCGAGAAGAAGAGGCAAGGCUACAUUCAUGAGCUGCUACAGACUGAGGAGAGAUAUGUUGAGGACUUGCAGACAGUGGUUGAGGUUUUCUAUAAGCCCAUGUUGGAAUCUGGACGACUGAAUAAAUCAGAGAUGAACAUGAUCUUUGCCAACUGGAAAGAACUGAUUGCCUGCAACACUAAGCUUCUCAAGGCGUUGUCUGUUCGAAAGAAGAGCGGCGGUGAGAACAUGCCAGUGCAGAAAGUGGGAGAUAUCCUGGUUGCCGAGCUGUCCCACAUGCAGCCGUACAUCCACUUCUGCUCGUGUCAAAUUAAAGGAGCCGCGCUGCUGCAGACUCGCACCGACAACGAGCCCGACUUCAAGACAUUCCUCAAGAAAAUUGGUACAGACCACAGAUGUAAAGGGAUGCCACUGUCCAGCUUCCUGCUCAAGCCCAUGCAGAGGAUCACACGCUACCCACUGCACAUCAAAAGUAUUCUGGAGUGCACUGUGGAGGGUCAUGCCGACAGAGGUCCUCUGAAAGAAGCUUUGGAGCGGGCAGAGGAACUCUGUCAACAGGUCAAUGAAGGCGUGAGAGAUAAGGAGAACUCGGAUCGGCUGGAGUGGAUUCAGAAUCAUGUCAUAUGUGAUGGCGCAGCCGAGAAUAUUGUUUUUAACUCUAUCACCAACUGUUUGGGCCCAAGAAAAUUACUCCACAGUGGCAAGAUGUACAAAGCAAAGAGCAACAAGGAACUUUGGGCCUUCCUCUUCAAUGACUUCCUACUCUUGACUAACUCGGGGAAGCAAUUCACCUCAGCUGGCGUUGAUAAACUGUUCAGCACCAAGAACAGCGCACAGCUCAAAAUGUACAAGCCGCCUCUUCUUCUCAAUGAAGUUCUGGUCAAACUGGAUACUUCAAGUGACGAAGCCAUCUUCCACAUCUCGCACAUCGACACAGUUUACAUACUAAAGACGGACAACGUCAAUGAACGGACAGCCUGGGUUCAGAAGAUUAAGGCAGCGUCUGAAGAAUAUAUCGAGAAGGAAAAGAAAAAACGGGACAAGGCCUACAACUCUCGAUCCAUGAAGGGAACUGGAAUCGGCCGUCUCCAAGUCACAGUCUUGGAAGCGACAGAGCUGAAGGCGCUCAGGUCCAAUGGUAAAAUUAAUCCCUACUGCGAAGUGACCAUGGGAGCUCAGGUCUUCACGUCCCGAACGCUCACUGACACCGUGUCCCCCAAGUGGAACUUCAACUGUCAUUUCCAAAUCAAGGACAUCUACCAAGACGUCCUCAGCAUCACCAUAUAUGAGAGGGACCUGUUUGCUCCUGAUGAUUUCCUAGGACGGACGGAGGUUCCUGUGGCAACCAUAAAGAAAGAGCUGGAGACCAAGGGCGCCAUAACAAGACGUCUUCUGCUGCAUGAGGUAUCCACUGGUGAAGUGUGGGUCCGCCUCGACCUGCAGCUCUUUAACAACAAAUAGUUCAACCACAGGAUGGCUGUCGCUCGCUUAGCAUGCCUUAAUAUUAUGAUCGAGGAAGACAGAGAAUCUGACUGACAUUAUACCAAUCCUCCAGAAGGGCUAUAUUCUUUUGCUUGGACAAAAAAGGGAAUUUUGAUAAAUCCUCAGUGAAGCAACUGUUAUCAUGUGAUGAAUCGGGGCAAAAUUCACUGAACAAGUUGUCAUAGACUAGAGGUCUUUUGCUCCAGUCUGAAGCAAGCAUGAUUGAUGACUUUGUUGACACUCCCGUUGCUCCACCGUUCUGAAAUGAAAAUAAUGUCACGCUCGCACUGGCCUGAACAUAGUCUUCUGCUGGAGCUAGAGGAUCUCAGGAUAUGUCAUUCUCGGUCAAGUCACUGGAAUGACACAAGGUGCCAUCUCCUCUGAGUGUCUGCUCUUGUUUUUGUGUUUGGCAAAAUCUUUGAUCUUUUUAUUGUGUGGACACAAAAAUGCUAAGAUUCUUUCAAACUGUUAAACUGUGUGUAUAAGUGCAACAUAAUCUCACAAUUUGUAACUAAAUGUAUAUUUUGUUGAUAACACAGCAUGGAGGACACGCUGCCUUUCUCCUUAUAUGCCGACCGACUGUGGUUAUCUUAGGCCAAAUUGUUCAAAUGCGCUUUAUUUUUACGGUUUUUCUCCUAAUUAACUAAUUGAGCAAUUUGUUCAAAGCCUUGUGUGACCAUUGGAAGGGCUUGUCUUUCAUUUCUUUAGGAAAUUUGGGAAAGAGGUAUGUUUGUUUAAUGGUGAUUUGUAUUUUAAAUUUUUACAUUGUGACUGGUAGUACGAUCAAUAUCUAUUUUUCCCCUCUCAUAAGGUCCUGUGGAAACAUCUUUCAAGCUAAAAUAAAUUCAGCCACUCUGCAAUAUCGUUAAUCAUUCUCUUUCAUGUGCUGUUCUAAAUUAAUCCUGCAAAUGUUUAUUUAUAGAUGGUGUCAAUUUUAUCAAGACUAAUUUACAGUGUGACAUCUAUUCUUCCAUCCAUCCCACCACAGAUUUGAAUGUCACCCCACCCUCAGCGAUGUUUAAUGAUCUAACAGUCGAUGCCAGCUGGGGUUCCGGAUAGUAAUUACAAUGUGUAUUUAUUUCUUAAAUUGUGUGUGGCACCAUCCAAAGAUAUCAUGCAGCCCUUUUUCAGCGUAAUCAUGUUUUUAUUCACUGGGAUUGUUUUUAGGGUGGGCAAAGCAUGUUAGUGUAUUUUCUGUGAUUGUUAAGUAUUUCUUUAAACCACCUCACUUGCUUCACCUCUACUCUCUUGUUAACUAGGUUGUUGUUUUUUUCCUCUUAACUUAAAAUGUGAUUUAUUGAUUUUUAUUUUAUUUCUCCACAGAAACUGAGCUGCUUAUGUGCUCCGAACACUUGGAAAAAUGUAUGGUUGGUUGUACUGUUUUUACAUUUUGCAACCAACUUCGGUGCCCGCUGCGUCUGUCUGUUUACCUGCUGUUUGCACUCACCUGUGCCAGAAUGAGGCACUCAAUUGGGGGUUCUUGAGUAAAAGUAAAGAUAUUAAAACUUCCACAUUA